GCGCUCUCGGGGCAGCGCGGUUCAAAUGCACAUCGCAGCUGCCGCUAGUUCACUGCUGUAACAGCCCAAGGAAAGUGCGCCUAUCGGAGGCGGCGGGGAAGGCGUGCGCAUUUCCUGUAAUCGCAGCGAAGACAGGUUGCCUUCGCCCUCUCCACUGCGACACAAGGACACAGCGGACGCCUCGCGUGGUCGACAGCACGUUUUGUUCCUCCACGCUGGGCCAACGCCACUUCGAACGAUGUGCUCGUGCGGUCGGCUGUUCGGCUGCUCGCUGGUGUUCUGCAUUGUGGCUGCAGUGCUGGUCGGCUUCCUGAACCAGCCGCCCGAUCCGUUUAAGGUCAACUCGACGGGCUACUGGGGAACUGCCAGCAUCAAGAACGUGCGCGCUGCCCCGCAGGAUGACCCAGCUAUUUCCAAGUUCUCGGUGCACGCUCCCGAGGAAGCGCUGCUGGACCUGAAGCGUCGGCUCGCGUCGACAAAGCUGGCCGAGCCCCUUCAUGACAGCGGCUUCGAGUACGGCUUCAACGCACACGAGCUUCGCCGAGUGGUGGACCACUGGAAGGACCGUUUCGACUGGCGCCUGCAGGAGCGCCUCCUCAACGCCUACGAGCACUACCACACAACUAUCGAGGGCAUCCGCGUCCAUUUUAUGUACGCUAGGGCCAAGGCUGAGCCAAGGACCAAGGUAUACACAUUGCUGAUGAUUCAUGGCUGGCCCGGAUCGGUGGUCGAGUUCUUGAAGAUUGCCAAGCAGCUGGCGACUCCCAAGCAGGGAGUCGCGUUCGAGGUCAUCUGCCCCUCCAUCCCAGGAUACGGGUUCUCCGAGGCACCGCACAGGAAAGGUUUCAAUGGUCUUGAGGCAGCCCGGGUGUUCGUAAAACUUAUGGACCGUCUGGGACGGAAGAAGUUCUACGUGCAGGGAGGGGAUUGGGGAGCGAUGAUUGCGAAGCUCAUGGCCACCUACUAUCCUGACAGAGUGCUGGGUGCGCACAUGAACAUGAUGGAUGUGGAGUUCAGCCCGCUGGUGAUGCUCAAAUUGCUGGUCGGCUCCUACUUCCCGUCGCUGGUGCUGCGCGACGGCGAACAGCUGGUGGCCGCCUCUGCGCUUCCCCUCUGGCCCAAGGUGAUGCAGCUGCUGCGAGAGAGCGGCUACAUGCACCUGCACGCCACCAAGCCCGACACCGUCGGUCUGGCUCUGCUCAACACCCCGGCCGGUCUGGCCGCCUACAUCUUGGAGAAGUUCUCUACGUGGACACUCGGCACGAACGUGGACCGCAAAGACGGCGGACUCACCGACAAGUACACGUACGACGAACUGCUGUCCAACGUGAUGCUCUACUGGCUCACCGACAGCAUUGGGUCCAGCGCGCGCUUCUACAAGGAGAACUUCGCCGGUGGUAUGACCCGGCCCACUAGGGUGCCUGUGACUGUGCCCACGGGAUUCUCGGUGUUCCCUGAGGACCUGGUGGCCCUUCCCAAGUCAUUCAUCGGCCACGCAUACCACGACGUUGUCACCUUUGUGCAGCACUCGAACGGUGGCCACUUCGCCGCCUUCGAGGAACCCGAGCUGCUCGAGAAAGACGUGCGGCAGUUUGUGGCUGCAGUGGAGGCGCGCAAUGCCUCGACUCCUGGCCCUUUCCCUGCUUUCACUUUCGUGGAUAUCGGGCCACAGCUGUACCGCGCCACGGUGACUUUCGGCCCGAGCAGCCCCGCCGGAGGACAACGCUUCGAGCCGACGCCGGUUGAGGCGAGCCAAGCCAAGGCUGCCGCGCCGCCUCCCAGCCCGCCUCCCGUGCGUCGUGAGCCGGAGAGGAAACCGGUCUCCAAUCCCGUUGAGAGCAAGUCUCCACCACCUGCUGUGAAGGAGGAAGCGAAAGCAGUGGCGAAGGAAGCGGAAUCUAAGCAGCAACAGCAACAGCCACCACCUACAGGGAAGCAAACGACAGCUACCAAGCCUUCCCAGCAGGCGAAGAAAGCGAAUGCAGCUCCUGCAGCGGCCAAGCCGAGCCCUCCGCCUCCUCCAGUGCAGCAAGCCAAGCCUGCGCCGCCUAGUGGACAGAAGAGUGCAGAGCCCAACACGAGGCCUCCGCCGGCUGAACGGAAGCCGCAAAAGGCGUGAUAAAACUACUCAAUGCGCUCCAUUGUCACCUUAGGCACGAAAACUCCUCAGUGGGUCACAGUGUGCCAGACCAAACGUGCAGAGCAUAAUCAAGCUGCUUCAGUUAGAGAUUCGUUUUUUAUCUUUUACCAUCUUCCAGUCGCUAGGAUCCACAAUGUUUCCUGACGCUUAAUCACUGCGCAUUAAAGGGACGCUAAAGGCUUCAGCUUGUUUAGCUAAAUUGUCAAGAUAGGCUUGUUUGGUAAAUUAUGCUUUAGAAGUACUGGAGAUGUCACUCUACCGUGAGCCGAGGCUUCUAGGACAGAAGAGAUGGUAACAACGGGCGAUCACAGCACCUUGCACUUUCCACACGUGACAUCAUGGACUUUCACAGCAUCUGCUGUGGGCCGAUGGCAUCGUGUUAGGAUUACAUCGCAUGUAUUGAACAGGAACCAAUCAGUCAACAAGUUUCGGCAACUUUUUAUGGGCGCCAAUGUCCCAACACCAUCGAAUACUCUCGAAACCACAGUGUAACACUGACGUGAGGCAUUGCGGUUUGUGCAUGCACUAAUAUAAAAAAAGGAAGCGUGUGCUUUCUAUCUUCCAUAUGUAAUAAACAUUUUGCUACGAAGUAUUUAAAAAGGCAGAAAGAAUAAAUCACCGUUCUAAA